GGAUAAUCUUUACCCUUUUUUGAAAACUCUUAAAUCUCUGUUUCAUGGAUACCCAUUUCUUUCUUUCUUUCAAAAACGAGGCCAUAGCCUAUUUUCUCUUCCUCACCCUCACCGUUGCAAUCACCACCUCAGCUCAGACGCUCGAAGGAGAUGAACCAGUGGCUCCGGUGGUGCCUCCGGUGGCUGCAGCCACUAAUACUGCCACAACAUCCAACCCAACAAGUACUGCCACAACAGCCAACCCCACUAAUACAGCCACAACAGCCAACCUUGGUGGUCAUACCUUAACAUUUUUUAUGCAUGACAUUCUUGGUGGCUCAAAUCCUACAGCCAGAGCAGUAACUGGCAUAGUCAGCAAUCCGGCGGUAAAUGGUAGGGUUCCAUUUGCCAAACCUAAUGGUGCAGUGCUUCCAAUUAACAAUGGAGUCCCACAAAACAACAACAACAAUGGUCUUAUUAACAACAAUAACUUACCAUUCCUUACAGGCCUAAGUGGUGCAACAGCAAACGUAGUACAAAACAAUGGUAAUAAUGUCCUAAUCAAUAAUAAUGCAUUCAAUGUUCCAAUUGUCAAUGGAGAUAAACUACCUUCCACCCUUCAACAGUUAAUGUUUGGAACAAUAACGGUCAUCGAUGACGAACUAACUGAAGGGCAUGAUCUGAGCUCAGGAUUUGUGGGCAGGGCUCAAGGGUUUUAUGUUGCUAGUUCCGUUGAUGGUACUAGUCAAACUAUGGCAUUCACAACUUUGUUUCAAUCUGGUCACUUUGAAGAUAGUCUUACCUUUUUUGGGGUUCACCGGACCGCAGUAUCGGAAUCUCAACUGGCCAUUAUGGGUGGCACUGGCAAGUAUGUUAAUGCUCAGGGUUAUGCUAUUGUUAAGACUUUUCCUGUUAACAAUCAACAUGAGACUGAUGGUGCUGAGACCUUGUUGGAGUUUACUGUCUAUGUUAGUUUUUAAAUUGUGUGUUUCAAAGAAAAUGUUGUAAUGUGUGGUGAAGGGAGAUGUGA